AGAGCCAGCUCCAGCUGGCGCUGCUCACUCCUCCCCUUCCUCUCCCUCUGUCCCUCUGUCCCUCUGUCCCUGCACUGUCCCAGCACUAUGGGGCCUGUCUCAGGUCCCGGCCUCCUGCUCCUGCUACUAACCCACCUCCCCCUGGCUCUGGGGAGUCCCAUGUACUCUAUCAUCACCCCCAACAUUCUGCGGCUGGAGAGCGAGGAGACCGUGGUGCUGGAGGCCCACGACGUGAAUGGGGAUGUUCCGGUCACUGUCACUGUCCACGACUUCCCAGGCAAAAAACUAGUGCUGUCCAAUGAGAAGACCGUGCUGACCCCUGCCACCAGCCACAUAGGCAGCGUCACCAUCAGGAUUCCCGCCAACAAGGAGCUCAAGCCAGACAAGAAGGGGCAAAACAAGUUCGUGACCGUCCAGGCGUCCUUCGGGGCCAACGUGGUGGAGAAGGUGGUGCUAGUCAGCCUUCAGAGUGGGUACCUCUUCAUCCAGACGGACAAGACCAUCUACACCCCCGGCUCCACAGUUCUCUGUCGGAUCUACACCGUCAACCACAAGCUGCUACCCGUGGGCCGGACGGUCGUGGUCAACAUUGAGAACCCGGAAGGCAUCCCCGUCAAGCAGGACUCCCUGUCUUCUCAAAACCAGUUUGGCAUCUUGCCCUUGUCUUGGGACAUUCCAGAACUCGUCAACAUGGGCCAGUGGAAGAUUAAAGCCUUCUAUGAAAAUUCACCACAGCAAGUCUUCUCGGCUGAGUUUGAGGUGAAGGAGUAUGUGCUGCCCAGUUUCGAGGUCAUAGUGGAGCCUGCAGAGAAAUUCUACUACAUCUAUAACCAGAAGGGCUUGGAGGUCACCAUCACCGCCAGGUUCCUCUAUGGGAAGAAAGUGCAGGGAACUGCCUUUGUCAUCUUCGGGGUCCAGGACAACGAGCAGAGGAUUUCCCUGCCUGAAUCCCUCAGGCGCAUUCCGAUUGAGGAUGGCUCAGGGGAUGCCUUGCUGGAAAGGCAGGUACUGCUGGAUGGGGUGCAGAACGCCCGAGCCGAGGACCUGGUGGGGAAGUCUUUGUACGUGUCCGUCACUGUCAUCCUGCACUCAGGCAGUGACAUGGUGCAGGCAGAACGCAGUGGGAUCCCCAUCGUGACCUCCCCCUACCAGAUCCACUUCACCAAGACACCCAAGUACUUCAAACCAGGAAUGCCCUUUGACCUCAUGGUGUUCGUGACAAACCCCGAUGGCUCUCCAGCCUACCGAGUCCCCGUGGCAGUCCAGGGAGAGGAAAACGUGCAGUCUCUAACCCAGGCAGACGGUGUGGCGAAACUCAGCAUCAACACACACCCCAGCCAGAAGCCCCUCAGCAUCACGGUGCGCACCCAGAAGCAGGGGCUCUCGGAGGCAGAGCAGGCCACCAGGACCAUGCAGGCAGAGCCCUACAAAACCAUGGGCAAUUCCAACAACUACCUGCACCUGUCAGUGUCACGCACGGAGCUCAGGCCGGGGGAGACCCUCAACGUCCAAUUCCUCCUGCGGAUUGACCGCGCCCAGGAGGCCAAGAUCCGCUACUACACCUACCUGAUCAUGAACAAGGGCAAGCUAUUGAAGGUGGGGCGCCAGGCGCGAGAGUCUGGCCAGGACCUGGUGGUGCUGCCGCUGUCCAUCACCACCGACUUCAUCCCGUCCUUCCGCCUGGUGGCCUACUACACGCUGAUCGGCGCCAGCGGCCAGAGGGAGGUGGUGGCUGACUCCGUGUGGGUGGACAUCAAGGACUCCUGUGUGGGCUCGCUGGUGGUAAAAAGCGGCGAGUCUGAAGACCGGCAGCUUUCACCUGGGCAGCAGAUGACCCUGAAGAUAGAGGGUGACCAUGGGGCCCGGGUGGGACUGGUGGCUGUGGACAAGGGCGUGUUCGUGCUGAAUAAGAAGAACAAACUGACGCAGAGUAAAAUCUGGGAUGUGGUGGAGAAGGCAGACAUCGGCUGCACCCCGGGCAGCGGGAAGGACUACGACGGUGUCUUCCUGGAUGCAGGGCUGGCGUUCAAGAGCAGCACUGGCCAGCAGACCUCCCAGAGGUCAGAACUUCAGUGCCCAAAGCCAGCCGCCCGCCGACGCCGGUCUGUGCAGCUCAUGGAGAAGAGGAUGGACAAAGCCGGCCAGUACUCCAAGCAGCUGCGCAAGUGCUGUGAGGACGGCAUGCGGGAGAACCCCAUGAGGUUCUCGUGCCAGCGCCGAACCCGCUUCAUCACCCUGGGCGAGGCGUGCGUCAAGGCCUUCCUGGACUGCUGCAACUACAUCACCGAGCUGCGGCGACAGUACGAGCGCGCCAGCCACCUGGGCCUGGCCAGGAGUGACCUGGAUGAGGACAUCAUCCCGGAAGAGCACAUUGUUUCCCGAAGCGAGUUCCCAGAGAGCUGGCUGUGGAAGAUUGAAGACUUGAAAGAGCCACCAAAAAAUGGAAUCUCAACGAAGCUCAUGAAUAUAUUUUUGAAAGACUCCAUCACCACUUGGGAGAUUCUGGCCGUGAGCUUGUCGGACAAGAAAGGGAUCUGUGUGGCAGACCCCUUCGAGGUGACGGUCAUGCAGGACUUCUUCAUCGACCUGCGGCUACCCUACUCUGUCGUUCGAAACGAGCAGGUGGAAAUCCGAGCCGUUCUCUACAAUUACCGGGAGAAGGAAGAUCUCAAGGUGAGGGUGGAGCUGCUCCACAACCCAGCCUUCUGCAGCCUGGCCACUGCCAAGAGGCGUCACCAGCAGACUGUCACCGUCCCCCACAAGUCCUCGAUGUCCAUUCCCUAUGUCAUCGUGCCCCUAAAGACUGGCCUGCAGGAAGUAGAAGUCAAGGCUGCCGUCUACCAUUUUUUCAUCAGUGACGGUGUCAAGAAGUCCCUGAAGGUCGUGCCGGAAGGAAUCAGGAUGAACAAAACUGUGGCUGUUCGAACGCUGGAUCCAGAACACCUGGGCAAUGAAGGAGUACAGAAAGAGGACGUCCCACCUGCAGAUCUCAGCGACCAAGUCCCGGACACAGAGUCUGAGACCAGAAUUCUCCUGCAAGGGACCCCGGUGGCCCAGAUGACAGAGGAUGCCAUCGACGGGGACCGGUUGAAGCACCUCAUCGUGACCCCCUCGGGCUGCGGGGAACAGAACAUGAUUGGCAUGACACCCACGGUCAUCGCGGUGCAUUACCUGGAUCAAACGGAGCAAUGGGAGAAGUUCGGCCUGGAGAAGCGGCAGGAGGCCGUGGAGCUCAUCAAGAAGGGGUACACACAGCAGCUGGCCUUCAAACAACCCAGCUCUGCCUAUGCGGCCUUCCUGGACCGGCCACCCAGCACCUGGCUGACCGCCUACGUGGUCAAGGUCUUCUCUCUGGCCGUCAACCUCAUUGCCAUCGACUCCCAAGUCCUCUGCGGGGCUGUUAAAUGGCUGAUCCUGGAGAAACAGAAGCCUGACGGGGUCUUCCAGGAGGAUGGGCCCGUGAUACACCAAGAAAUGAUUGGUGGCUUCCGGAACACUCAGGAGAAAGACAUGGCCCUCACGGCCUUCGUUCUCAUCUCGCUGCAGGAGGCUAAAGAUAUUUGCGAGGAGCUUGUCAACAGCCUGCCAGGCAGCAUCACUGACGCAGGAAACUUCCUUGAAGCCAACUACAUGAACCUACAGAGAUCCUACACGGUGGCCAUCGCUGGCUAUGCCCUGGCCCAAUUGGACAAACUGAAGGGGCCUCUUCUCAACAAAUUUCUGAGCACGGCCAAAGAUAAGAACCGCUGGGAGGAGCCUGGUCAGCAGCUCUACAAUGUGGAGGCCACAUCCUAUGCCCUCUUGGCCCUCCUGCAUCUAAAAGACUUUGACUCUGUGCCUCCCGUCGUGCGUUGGCUCAAUGAGCAGAGAUACUACGGUGGUGGCUAUGGCUCUACCCAGGCCACCUUCAUGGUGUUCCAAGCCUUGGCCCAAUACCAAAAGGACGUCCCUGACCACAAGGAACUGAACCUGGAUGUGUCCCUCCAACUGCCAAGCCGCAGCUCCAAGAUCACUCACCGUAUCCAUUGGGAAUCAGCCAGCCUCCUGCGAUCAGAAGAGACCAAGGAAAAUGAGGGUUUCACUGUCACAGCUGAAGGAAAAGGCCAAGGUACCUUGUCGGUGGUGACAAUGUACCAUGCUAAGGUCAAAGGUCAACUCACCUGUAAUAAAUUCGACCUCAGGGUCACCAUAACACCAGCGCCGGAAACAGAAAAGAGGCCUCAGGAUGCCAAGAACAGUAUGGUCCUUAAUAUCUGUACCAGGUACCUGGGAGACCAGGAUGCCACUAUGUCUAUACUGGACAUAUCCAUGAUGACUGGCUUCGCUCCAGACACAGAAGACCUCAAGAAGCUGGCCAGUGGCGUUGACAGAUACAUCUCCAAGUAUGAGCUGGACAAAGCCUUCUCCGAUAGGAACACCCUCAUCAUCUACCUGGAAAAGGUCUCACACUCCGAGGAAGACUGUCUGUCUUUCAAAGUUCACCAGUAUUUUAACAUAGAACUUAUCCAGCCUGGUGCGGUCAAGGUUUACGCCUAUUACAACCUGGAGGAAAGCUGUACACGGUUCUACCACCCAGAAAAGGAGGAUGGAAAGCUGAACAAGCUCUGCCGGGAUGAACUGUGCCGCUGUGCUGAGGAGAAUUGCUUCAUGCAAAAGUCAGGAGACAAGGUCACCCAGGAGGAAAGGCUGGACAAGGCCUGCGAGCCAGGAGUGGACUAUGUGUACAAGACACGACUCGUCAAGAUCCAGCUGUCCAAUGACUUUGACGAGUACAUCAUGGCCAUUGAGCAGAUCAUCAAGUCAGGCACGGAUGAGGUGCAGGUUGGACAGCAGCGCACAUUCAUCAGCCCCAUCAAGUGCAGAGAAGCCCUGAACCUGGAGAAAGGGAAACUCUACCUCAUGUGGGGCCUCUCCUCCGACUUCUGGGGAGAGAAACCCAACCUCAGCUAUAUCAUCGGGAAGGACACUUGGGUGGAGCCCUGGCCGGAGGACGACGAAUGCCAAGACGAAGAGAACCAGAAACAAUGCCAGGAACUGGGCUCCUUCACGGAGAACAUGGUUGUCUAUGGGUGCCCCAACUGACCACACCCCAUUCCCCCACUCCCAAUAAAGCUUGUUAUAUUUCA